CUUUCUUUGUGAAACAGUCACACAUCAGCAGUCAACAUGAUCGCUAAGGCAUCUCCUUCAGAGUCUGUGGAGAGACACUUAACUUUCUGUUGCCAUGUGCGGACAGCAUCCAUGGUCAUCGGGGUCUACUAUCUGUUAGCCAGUGUCAUGCUGUGUGUAGAUCAGAUCUUGGAUGUUGCCUAUGGAAAGAAUAUCUGUGGCUCAGCAUAUAAAGAACAGCUCCCUGCAAAGGAACGCAUCAUUGAUGUGACCACUGAUUUCAUCCUCAUUGCGGUGCUUUUCAUUUCCAGCCUUCACAUGCUAUAUGGCAUCAUUAAGUUCCGAGAGCGACUACUUUUGUCAUUCCUGCUCCUGCAAUGUUUGGAUAUUUUCCUGAGUGUGCUGUCCCUCUUCAGCCCUUCUUGGGGGCUACCAGGAACCAUUAAUUAUGACAAGGUUGUCACGCACUGGCAAAAGCUGAGUGGGAAAAAGGAGUUUACUUCCAACGAGAUGACAAAGCUCUUCAUCAUCUUCACUGUUGUUUUCACAUUGUGUAUUCUGAUUAAGGUGUAUGUGGUCAACUGUGUGAUCCGCUGUUAUCGCUUCAUAAAGGCUCAUGCUGAAGCAGCUAGAGAUGUCUCUUGCAAAUAUGAUAUCAACCCAAUGAUAAAGCUGCCUUCCUAUGAUGAAGCCCUAAUGACGCCUCCAGCCUACAAAAAAGUGUGAUUGCUUCCACCUCAGAAUAUAACUUUUGGCAUCUGUUUUUCCAAGCCAAAUACUGAUGUAUCAUCUGAUUAGCAUUUGUCUCGCAAAAAGUUAAUCAAAUAUCUUGGUAAUACUUUGCUUGAAAUAUCUGUUAUUAUUCUUCUGAAAUAUAUCUAAAAAUGUUAGAUGUUUAUAGUCACUGUUCAUGAAAAGUAAAAUGGCAGAAUCCUGGAAGCAGAUUUGCAGUUUGACAACAUUAUAAACUCUUUUCUUUGCCUAGAGCUGUCUGCAUCCUUAGCACAGAAUAGUAAGUACCAGAUUAACUUAAAUGUUAGGUUUCAUUCAACAUUUUCCUGUAUGUACAGAUAUUAAAUUAAUUUUGUGUUAUUAUUUUUACCAUGUGUUAUUAAUCUUCCUGUGUUUGUAUUGGUUUUCAUUGACAUGGAAAUACUCAAAACAGAGAAAAUUCUUUCCAGUGAUAUUUGUUUAUAUUAGAAUAACUUCUUUGUGCAUUGACUAUAAAAGAAGUAAUUACUCUGAGUACAAGUUACCAAGUUAACAUCUCCCUACAAUUAAGAAUAUCAUUGUGAUAUACUUUACAUGUAGUUCAAAACAGUUUUCUAAUGGAGAUUUUAUACUAAUUGGCUACAAAAAAGUUGGAGCAUAUUAUUGCUCAGAGAAAGAGAAAAUUUGUUAUCUUCUAGUUUAUAGAAGCCUUAAAGUAAUUACUUAUAUGAAAAAUAAAUCACAGACACUGUGCUUUAGGCAAGUUACUUUUUACGAUCUUACACAUUUGUAGCUGAUUUGACACUGAUGUUAUUUACCAAAAUAUCAUUUUUUACAAUAGCUGAGGACUAUUUAUCUUUCAACAGCAGGAAAAAGAUAAGCUAGCCAAGUUAUUACUUAAUUAUAGUAUUGCUUUUGUUUGCUCAUAAUAACUGAAACUUCAACUAAUGCAAACAGCCUUCGUAAACACAAGUAAAAACCUGUCACCUUAUAAUAUAUUUAAAAAUGACAGAAUUAAGCAUCUAUUAUUUCUUUUUACUGAAAUAGGCCUUAUGUGCUAGAAAUGUCACAUGAUCUCCAAGAAAAAAACUUAAAAGCUAUGUGUUUACAUUGCUUGCUUUUUAAAUAUUUCUGUAAGUUAUUUUUAAGAUGUUAUGACAAGCAAUAAAGAUAUUCAAUGAGUA